CGAUCCAUCCCCAAGAACCUUACAUACCCGCAACCACUAAUCGACAUCGCUAUUCAGUUGAGAUUACUAUCGUCGAGCCUCAGUUUACUUCUAUCGACGUCGCUUACCUUCAUCCCGCUUGAACAGCUGCCUGUCAAACGUCACGUCAUCCGCUCCCCAGACUAGACAGCUACCUGUACUCGCUUCGUAACCACCACCGAAAUUAACCAUGGCCACAAAGAAGAAGAUUCUUUUGAAGGUUAUUAUCCUUGGUGAUAGUGGAGUUGGAAAGACGUCUUUGAUGAACCAAUAUGUAAACAAGAAGUUCAGUGCGAGCUACAAAGCAACUAUUGGCGCUGAUUUCUUGACAAAGGAAGUGCUUGUUGACGAUAGGCUUGUGACUAUGCAGUUGUGGGAUACCGCUGGCCAGGAAAGAUUUCAAUCUCUUGGUGUCGCUUUCUACCGUGGUGCCGAUUGUUGCGUUCUUGUCUAUGAUGUCAAUAACUCGAAAUCCUUCGAUACUCUCGACUCCUGGCGAGACGAGUUUUUGAUACAAGCUUCUCCCAGAGAUCCAGAUUCGUUUCCUUUUGUUGUUCUAGGAAACAAGAUUGAUGUAGAGGAGAGCAAGAGAAUGAUUUCCCAAAGGCGGGCUAUGGCUUUCUGUACAUCCAAAGGAGGUAUCCCCUACUUUGAGACCUCUGCAAAGGAGGCUAUAAAUGUUGAGCAAGCAUUUGAAGUAAUUGCCCGAAACGCCCUACAACAGGAAGAAUCCGACGACUUUACCGGAGACUUCCAAGACCCAAUCAACAUCCACCUCGACAACGAACAGAGUGGGUGCGCUUGUUAGAGAGAGGGAAAGAAAGCGAGUAUAGAGGAAGAAAGAAAGAAAGGAAAGAACCCACUGUCAUGAUUCUAUAUGCAAUAUCUGGGUAGAUCCUAGAACUUACGGACGAUAAUGAGUGUCAUGUACACUGUGACCAGGCACCCAACCCCUUACUCUCAAUAUAUCUGAAGGUGUUCGGGGAGUCGCAUUGGUAUAUCAUAACCUUUUGCCUUCAUAUUGCGUGGGGUAUUGGCUUCUUUAAUGAUAAGUUAGUGGUGAGGAAUGUUUGGUUUUUCUUUUUACCAUGAGGGCAGAUGGAUAGAUGGCUAGCGGCUGGCUACUUUUUUGUCCCAUGUCUUUGUCUCUGUCUCUAUUUUUAUUUUUUUCAGAUUACAAAAUCGAAAGGCAUUCAUGCUUUGUUAUGCUACUUGUAUGUCAUUAGUUCCCUUUCCUUUUUUUCCUCUUUUUCGGUGUUUGCUUUCUUUCUCUCUCUCCUUGCUCUAUGCUUCCCCAUUGGUUCUCUUAAGUUAUAUACAUAUAAACCGUAUCUAUUACCGUUUGGUAUCGUACCUUUUUUUAAGGUCUCUUGCAUUGCUUUAAUCAAGUUUCUCGAUGAGUUGUUUUGGUAUCGCAGGAGGAAGAAAGGAAUAUAUUGCCAAGCCCGGCUUACGGUGGA